CCGCUUUGCGCACUUUGAAGGACACUGUCUGAGGGGUUCGUUCCUGCUGCAAGGAUUGAAAUCAUGGCAGGUGCAGAAAGUGAUGCCCAGUUCCAGUUCACUGGCAUUAAAAAAUACUUCAACUCUUACACUCUCACAGGUAGAAUGAAUUGUGUGCUGGCCACAUAUGGAGGAAUUGCUUUGCUGGUCUUAUACUUCAAGUUAAGGUCUAAAAAAACCCCAGCUGUGAAAGCAACAUAAAGGGAUUCUAAACGCAUCCCAUCUGUUCAGUUCCCAUGCCUGGAGAAGCUAGUGUCAACUCAUUAUGUGAUAAUUUGUACAAUAAAUUAUGAACCUGGAAAAAAAAAAAAAAA